GAUUCGAGAAAGCGAGAAUUCUAUUCGAAACGUCGCCGUCUUCUUGUGAUCGCACGAACGCCAAAAAUCAGAACGAGGAAGAGCAGGCGCCAAUUUUGCAAUCAAUCAGACUCCUUAAACAAUCUCGGAGAUUCGCCAUGGAUUCCGAUGGGCAACGGACUGCUCCAAACCCUACCGCGAUGCUGACUGCUCUCCUGCACAAGAGGGCAAAGAUUCAGGAAGAACUCAGGGGCAUCGAGAAACAGGUUUAUGAUAUGGAGACGAGUUACUUGCAGGAUCCAAGUCAAUGUGGCAAUGUUCUAAAAGGUUUCGAAGGAUUUUUAUCUUCCUCGAAGAGCACCGCUCUCUUGAAACGAUCCAGGAAGUUUCAGCCGGACGAUCGCCUCUUUUCGCUGUCGUCGAUCACUUCACCGGCUACCGAAGAAGUUGCAAGAGAGGGCGGCGUGUCAGCACAUGCACCUGGGAAGCCGAAGAGAGGUAGAGGAGCUCGAGAGGCGAAAAGAAGGCAGUCGAGCGAAGCUGACUUCGACUAUGAAGAUGAUCCCGAUGUGAUUUGAAGAAGUGCCCGUCAAGUGCAUCCAUUUUGAACCCGUCUUGUUUCUCCGGGUGAGGAUAUGCUUUCCCGAAUUCGAACUUGCAUACGAAUGCCUUCGAGAUUAUUGUUGGUUCGAUUUAUAACCAAUCGAUGUUUUGAGACGAUGGAUGCUCUUAGUGUUAGUAGAAACUUUUGGAAUUUUGUAAUUCUUGAAAAUAAUAAAAGUUAGUAAGA